GCUGUGCCAGUCCCGGCAGGCCACACACACACACACACACUGGCUGGCAAACAAAGCCGCUGGCACUGCCAACGAAGACGAGGAGCUAUGCCUCUGCGCUUAUAGCCUGUCCUCUUCUCACACCGCCGCGAGGGGAAGGCGUAUGACACCGUUGUCGUCGCCUCUUCCUCCGAUCAGAAAGACGACGUUGUUUUUUUUCGGUCUUGGUUUACAGUGGAAUAUUUUUUCCUGCCGUUGAGGAGUUGAGAUGCUGGCAGAGCGCAGAGAGAACAGCAGGGCUGCCUUUGCCCUGACCAAGCCGCUCAAGAUGAACAUGGUGAAGAGGAUCAUGGGCCGGCCGAGGCAGGAGGAGUGCAGCCCCCAGGACAACGCGCUGGGCCUGAUGCACCUGCGGCGGCUGUUCUCCGAGCUGUGCCACCCGCCUCGCCACAUGACCCAGAAGGAGCAGGAGGAGAAGCUCUACAUGAUGCUGCCUGUCUUCAACAGGGUCUUCGGGAACGCUCCGCCCAGCAGCAUGACGGAGAAGUUCGCCGACCUGCUGCAGUUCACCACCCAGGUGUCGCGUCUCAUGGUGACGGAGAUCCGCAGGAGAGCCUCCAACAAAUCGACAGAGGCAGCCAGUCGAGCCAUCGUCCAGUUCCUGGAGGUGAACCAGAGUGAGGAGGCGAGUCGCGGCUGGAUGCUCCUCACCACCAUCAACCUGUUGGCCUCCUCUGGACAGAAAACGGUGGACUGCAUGACGACCAUGUCCGUGCCCUCCACGCUGGUCAAAUGCCUCUACCUGUUCUUCGACCUACCCCACAUGGUCGACGCCCCGGUGGGCCCCACCCCGCAGCCGGCGUCGCCGCCCCCGCCGCCGCCGCCCCCGCCCCAGCCGCCCUCCACCCAGGAGAAGACCCCCGCGGUCCAGGGCCAGCCGGAGCUGCCGCUGGCCGACCGCAGGGCCCUGCUUCAGAAAGUCUUCGUCCAGAUCCUGGUGAAGCUCUGCACCUUCGUGUCUCCGGCCGAGGAGCUGGCGCAGAAGGACGACCUCCAGCUCCUCUUCAGCGCCAUCACCUCCUGGUGCCCCCCGCACAACCUGCCGUGGCGGCGGAGCGCCGGCGAGGUGCUCACCACCAUCUCCCGCCACGGCCUCAGCGUCAAUGUGGUCAAAUACAUACACGAGAAGGAAUGCCUCGCCACGUGUGUCCAGAACAUGCAGCAGUCCGACGACCUCUCCCCGCUGGAGAUCGUGGAGAUGUUCGCCGGCCUCUCGUGCUUCCUCAAGGACUCCAGCGACGUGUCGCAGACGCUGCUGGAUGACUUCCGAAUGUGUCAGGGCUACGCCUUCCUCUGCGACCUCAUGCUCAGAUUGGAGCAGGCCAAGGAGGACGAAUCGAAGGACGCCCUGAAGGACCUGGUCAACCUGGUCACCUGUCUGACCACGUACGGGGUGACGGAGCUGAAGCCCGCCGGCCUGACCACCGGAGCCCCCUUCCUGCUGCCCGGCUUCGUUCUCCCGCUGCCUUCUGGGAAAGGCCACACGGUGCGUAACAUCCAGGCCUUCGCCGUGCUCCAGAACGCCUUCCUGCGCGCCAAAACCAGCCGGCUGGCCCGCAUGCUGCUGGACGCCAUCGGCAACAUCUACGCGGCGGAGCCGGCCAACUACUUUGUGCUGGAGUCGCAGCACACGCUGUCGCAGUUCGCCGAGCGCGUGGCCAAGCUGCCCGACGCGCAGGCCAAGUACUUUGAGCUGCUGGAGUUCGUCGUCUUCAGCCUCAACUACGUGCCGUGCAAGGAGCUGUUCAGCGUGAGCGUGCUGCUCAAGUCCAGCACGUCGCACGCGUGCAGCAUCACGGCGGUGCGCACGCUGCUGAAGCUGGCGCGGCACGACGCCGUGUUCAGCGACGUGCUGCGAGAGGUCGGGCUGCUGGAGGUGCUGGUCAACCUGCUGCACAAGUACGCCGCCUUGCUCAAGGACCCGGCCACGCAGCAGCAGCACCCGCACAACAACGACCAAGCCGACUGUAAGAACAACACGGUGGCAGAGGAGCAGAAGCAGUUGGCCUGGCUGGUGAUGGAGACGCUGACUGUGCUGCUGCACGGCUCCAACACCACCAGCACCAACGCAGCCCUUUUCAGGGAGUUCGGCGGCGCCCGGUGCGUCCACAACAUCGUGAAGUAUCGCCAGUGUCGGGAGCACGCGCUGCUUAUCAUCCAGCAACUCGUGCUGUCGCCCAGCGGCGACGACGACAUGGGGACGCUGCUGGGCCUCAUGCACUCGGCGCCGUCCAGCGAGCUGCAGCUGAAGACGGACAUAUUGAGGGCUCUGCUGGCGGUGCUGCGCGAGAGCCACCGCACCCGCACGGUGUUCCGCAAGGUGGGCGGCUUCGUCUACGUCACCUCGCUGCUGGUGGCCAUGGAGCGCUCGCUGUGCCAGCCGCCGCGCCACGGCUGGGAGCGCGUCAACCAGAACCAGGUGUUCGAGCUGCUGCACACGGUCUUCUGCACGCUCACCGCCGCCAUGCGCUACGAGCCCGCCAACUCGCACUUCUUCCGCACGGAGAUCCAGUUCGAGAAGCUGGCGGACGCCGUGAGGCUGCUGGGCUGUUUCUCGGACACGAAGAAGCUCGGCCCGACGUCCGUGUUCCCCUCGAACGCGCAGCCGUUCCAGCGGCUGCUGGAGGACGAGGCCGCGCCCGGCGGCUGCGCCGGAGACAGCGUCUGUCCCACGCUCAAACACUGCAGCAAGCUCUUCAUCUACCUGUACAAGAUGGCCACCGACUCCUUCGACAGUCGUGCGGAGCAGGUGCCUCCCUGCCUGACUCACGAGACCUCGCUGCCCUCGCCGUGGGGCACGCCAGCACUCGCCAGGAAGAGACAUGGUUACUACGGUACGUCGGGCCCCCCCGCCCCAGUCAAAGCCCUCACGGACCUGAAGCUCCACCUGACCAACCCCUCGCACCCCGCGUCCUCCUCGUCUUCGUCCGACAUGGUGGCCAUCCACCCGGGGGCCGUCCUGGCCAUGCUCGACCUGCUGCCCUCCGUCUCGUCCGACAGCCAACCGGAGCAUGCCCUCGACCUGCAGCUGGCGGUGGCCAACAUCCUGCAGCUACUGGUGAACAGCGAGAGGAACCAGCAGGUGCUGUGUGAAGCCUGCCUCCACCAGCGCCUGCUGCAGCGCUGCAGUCAGGCCCUGGGCGACGAAGACCACCCGCUGCACCCGCCGCUGCAGAGGAUGUUCGAGAGGCUGGCCUCGCAGGCCCUGCAGCCGAUGGCACUCAGGGAGUUCUUACGUCUCGGAAACCCUCUGAACUGCGGCGCCUGGGACAAGAAGCUGCUGAAGCAGUACCGGGUCCACAAGCCGAGCUCGCUCAGCUACGACGCAGAGAUGAGAAACAGCAUGACCCUGUCCAUGGAGGGCUUUGGCCCCGACAGCGUGUUCGCCACGCCGGCCGAGGACAACGGCCAGUACCGCAUCAGCCGCAGCCUGGUGCGCUCCGCCGAGGGCAGCACCGUGCCCCUCACCCGGGUCAAGUGCCUGGUGUCCAUGACGACGCCCCACGACAUCCGCCUGCACGGCUCGGCCGUCACGCCCGCGUUCGUGGAGUUCGACGCUUCGCUGGAGGGCUUCGGGUGCCUGUUUCUGCCCAGUCUGGCACCGCACAACGCCCCCACCAACAACACAAACGCCUCCGGCGUCAGCGACGGAGCCGUGCUGAGCGGAAUGGGCACAGGCGAGCGCCUGUUCCCCCCGCCGUCGGGCCUCAGCUACUCCACCUGGUUCUGCGUGGAGCGCUUCAGCGCGGCGCCCCACGCCCACCCGGUGCGGCUGCUGACGGUGGUGCGUCGGGCCACCUCCUCCGAGCAGCACUACGUCUGCCUGGCCGUGGUGCUGUCGGCCAAGGACCGGUCGCUCACCGUCUCCACCAAGGAGGAGCUGCUGCAGACCUACUCAGCGGACGAGUCCAGCGAGGAAUCCUCCUUCUACGAGAUCCUGCCCUGCUGCGCUCGCUUCCGCUGCGGCGAGCUGAUCGCCGAGGGCCAGUGGCACCACCUGGUGCUGGUCAUGAGCAAGGGCAUGCUGAAGAACAGCAUGGCCACGCUGUACCUGGACGGGCAGCUCAUCAACACCGUCAAGCUUCACUACAUCCACAGUUCUCCGGGCGGCUCCGGCUCCACCAACCCACCCGUGCUGAGCACCGUGUACGGGUACGUGGGCUCGCCACCGGCCCAGCGCCAGCUCUCUAGCCUGGUUUGGCGCCUGGGGCCCAGCCACUUCCUGGAGGAGGUGCUCCCCGCCGCCAGCGUCGCCGCCGUCUAUGAACUGGGACCCAUCUACGUGGGCAGCUUUCAGGCGGUCUACCUGCCCUGUAAAGACUCGAAGACGGAAGUGGCGCCUGCCUCUCCCGUGGCCCUGGUGCCGGAGGAGAAAGUGUCCUUCAGUCUCUACGCCCUCUCGGUGUCGACGCUCACCGUGGCCAAGAUCCGGAAAGUCUACAACAAACUGGACAGCAAAGCCAUCGCCAAACAGCUCGCUGUGUCCUCCCACGAAAACGCCACUCCGGUCAAGCUGAUCCACAACGCGGCCGGACACCUCAACGGACCGGCCCGCACCAUCGGAGCAGCCGUCAUCGGAUAUUUAGGGGUCCGUGCCUUCGUCCCCAAGCCCGUGGCCACCAACCUGCAGUAUGUGGGCGGGGCGGCGGCCAUCCUGGGCUUGGUCGCCAUGGCGUCCGACGUGGAGGGGCUGUACGCGGCCGUCAAAGCUCUGGUGUGCGUCGUGAAAAGCAACCCACUGGCCAGCAAGGAGAUGGAGCGCAUCAAAGGCUACCAGCUGCUCGCCAUGCUGCUGAAGAAGAAGCGCUCGCUGCUCAACAGCCACAUCCUGCACCUCACCUUCUCGCUGGUGGGAACGGUCGACAGCGGCCACGAGACCUCCAUCAUCCCCAACUCCACCGCCUUCCAGGACCUGCUCUGCGACUUUGAGGUCUGGCUCCACGCUCCCUAUGAGCUCCACCUGUCUCUGUUUGAGCAUUUCAUCGAGCUGCUGACGGAAUCCAGUGAGGCGGCCAAAAAUGCCAAACUGCUGCGGGAGUUCCAGCUGAUCCCGAGGCUGCUGCUGACCCUGAGGGACACCUCGCUGUCCCAGCCCACCGUCGCCGCCAUCAGCAACGUGCUCAGUCUGCUGCUGCAGGGCUUCCCCAACCCCUACGACCUGCUGCGGUUCGGACAGUUCAUCUCCUCGACUCUUCCCACGUUUGCCGUGUGUGAGAAGUUUGUCGUCAUGGAGAUCAAUAACGAGGAGAAGAUUGACGGAGGUAACGACGAUGACUUUGGCGGGCUGCUGUCGGCCAACCUCAUCCUGCUGAGGAACCGACUGCUGGACAACCUGCUCAGGCUGCUCUUCACCACCAAAGAGAAAUGCACCGUGAACGCCCAAGCGUGUGAGGAGCUGGUGCGGACGCUGGGCUUCGACUGGCUCCUGAUGUUCAUGGAGGAACACCUCCACUCGAGCACGGUGACGGCGGCCCUGUGGAUCCUGGUGGUGCUGCUCUCCAACCAGCCCAUCCUCAACCGCUUCAAAGAGGGCCUGUGCGGAGGCGGCUGGCUCGACCACACCGACUCGGUCCUGACCAACAAGAUCGGGACGGUGCUGGGUUUCAACGUGGGCCGCAGUGCCGGCGGACGCUCCACGCUGCGAGAGAUCAACCGUGACGCCUGCCACUUCCCGGGGUUCCCCGUGAUGCAGACGCUGCUGCCCAAACACACCAACGUGCCCGAGCUCUACUUCCUGCUCAUGGCUCUCUUCCUGCAGCAGCCCAUCAUCGAGCUGCCGGACAGCCUGCAGGUACAUUUCGACCUGGACUCCAUCUGGACGUUCAUCUUCGGGAUACCGGCCUCCAGUGGGACGGUGGUGGGCUCCAUCCACAGCGUGUGCACCGAGGCCGCCUUCCUGCUGCUGGCCAUGCUGCGCAGCAUGCUCAACCUGCCGUGGCAGUCAGAGGAGGAAGGCUCCUGGCUGCGGGAGUACCCCGUCACUCUGAUGCAGUUCUUCAGGUACCUGUACCACAACGUGUCCGACCUGGCGCCGAUGUGGCACAGUCCCGAGUUCCUCUGCGCCCUCGCCGCCUCCGUCUUCCCCUUCAACAUCAGGCCCUACUCUGAGAUGGUCAGCGACUUGGACGACGAGGCGGGGUCUCCCAUCGAAGAGUUCAAGGCCUUCGCCGGAGACUCGGGCAUGAACCGCAGCCAGUCAGAGUACUGCAACGUGGGCUCCAAGACGUCCCUGACCAACCACCCGGCCAAGAAGUACGUCUUCGACUUCAUGAGGGUCCUGAUCAUGGACAACCUGUGCAUGACGCCGGCCAGCAAGCAGACGCCCAUCGUUGACCUUCUGCUGGAGGCGUCCCCUGAACGCUCCACCAGAACCCAGCAGAAGGAGUUUCAGUCCAACAUCCUGGACGGUGUCAUGGAGCAUCUGCUGGCCGCCGACGUCCUGCUAGGCGAAGACGCCUCUCUGCCCCUCAGCAGCAGCGGCAGCUACCAGAUCCUGGUCAACAACGUCUUCUACUUCACCCAGCGCGUGGUGGACAAGCUGUGGCAGGGGAUGUUCAACAAGGACUCCAAGCUGGUGGUGGACUUCAUCGUGCAGCUCAUCGGACAGUCCAAGCGUCGUUCCCAGGGCCUCUCCCUCGACACCAUCUACCACUGUCUGAACCGGACGGUGCUCUACCAGCUCUGUCGGCCGCACAAGACGGUGGCUCAGCAGGUGGCCCUGCUGGACGCGCUGCGGGUGCUGACCGUCAACCGCAACCUGGUGCUCGGGCCGGGCAACCACGACCAGGACUUUGUGGCCUGCCUGGCCCACUGCUUCAUCUGCCUGCACAGCGGGAGCAGCGUGGAGGGCUUCGGUCUGGAGGCGGAGGCCAGGAUGACGACCUGGCACGUCAUGAUCCCCACGGACAAUGAUGCCGACGCCACGCACAGCCACGACGUCAGCGAGGGGCGACAGCUGCUGCUGAAGGCGGUGAACCGCGUGUGGACGGAGCUGAUGCACAGCAAGCGGCAGAUGCUGGAGGACAUCUUCAAGGUGUCGCUGCCGUGCAACGACAGAGGCCACGUGGACAUCGCCACCGCCCGGCCCGCCCUGGAGGAGCCCGCCCUGAAGAGCUGGCAGAACCACCUGGUCCAUGAGAAGAAGUGCAUCAGCCGCGGCGAAGCGGCGGCACCGGCGAGCCAAUCCAAACUGUCCAGAGUGUCCAGUGGCUUCGGCCUCUCCAAGCUGACGGGCGUCCGGCGCCACAAGAAGGAGAACAGCCUGAACAAGAACAGCCUCUCUGCACAGGAGACUUUCCAGUGGAUGUUCACGCACAUCGCUGUGGUGCGAGACCUGGUGGCCAUGCAGUACAAAGAAUAUCAAGAGCGGCAGCAGAACACCCUCAAGUACGUGACGGAGGAGUGGGCUUCCAACGAGUACGAGCUGCUGCGCGAGCGGGGCCUCUGGGGGCCGCCCAUCGGCUCCAGCCUGGACAAGUUUGUGCUGGAGAUGACGGAGGGGCCCUGCCGCAUGAGGAAGAAGAUGGUCCGCAACGACAUGUUCUACAUCCACUACCCGUACAUCCCCGAGACGGAGCCCAACACCAACUCGGCUCAGAAGCCUCAGCGUUACCGGCGAGCCAUCAGCUACGACAGCAAAGAGUACUACGUGCGCCUGCUGUCUGGGAACCCGGGCAUGUACCAGCACUCUGUGGAGCACAACACCGAGGGGGAGACGGCGCAGCACGAGCCCGAGCACGGGGAGGACACCAUCGCCAGGGUCAAAGGUCUGGUGAAGGCGCCGCUGAAGAGGUCCAGGUCCACGGCGGACGGCGCCGACGAGGACAGUCAGGAGCAGCUCCAGGAGCAGCUGCUGGAGUCCGGAGGCCCGGAGGAGGAGCAGAGGACGGACAACACGUCGCUGCUGCGCCUCCUGGAGGAGGGCGAGAAGAUCCAGCACAUGUACCGCUGUGCCAGAGUGCAGGGUCUGGACACCAGCGAGGGGCUGCUGCUGUUCGGGAAGGAGCACUUCUACGUCAUCGAUGGCUACACCAUGACCGUGUCCCGGGAGAUCAGGGACAUCGACACGCUGCCGUCCAAUUUGCAUGAGGCCAUCAUCCCCAGAGGAGCCCGACAAGGCCAGAGCCAGUUAAAGAGAACCUGCAGCAUCUUCGCCUACGAGGACAUCAAGGAGGUGCACAAGAGGCGCUACCUGCUGCAGCCCAUGGCGGUGGAAGUGUUCUCGGCCGACGGGAGGAACUACCUGUUAGCCUUCCAGAAAGGCGUCCGCAACAAAGUUUACCAAAGGUUCUUGGCUGUGGUGCCUUCACUGGCCGACAGCUCCGAGUCGGUAUCCGGCCAGAGGCCCAACACCAGCGUGGAACAAGGAUCCGGCCUGCUCAGCACACUGGUCGGAGAGAAGUCAGUGACCCAAAGAUGGGAGCGAGGAGAGAUCAGUAACUUCCAGUACCUGAUGCAUCUGAACACGCUGGCCGGACGCUCCUACAACGACCUGAUGCAGUAUCCCGUCUUCCCCUGGAUCCUGGCCGACUACGACUGCGAGGAGCUGGACCUGAGCAACCCCAAGACGUUCCGUAACCUCGCCAAGCCGAUGGGCGCCCAGACGGACGACAGGCUGACCCAGUACAAGAAGAGGUACAAGGACUGGGAAGACCCCACCGGUGAAACCCCCGCCUACCACUACGGCACCCACUACUCGUCCGCCAUGAUCGUGGCCUCGUAUCUGGUCCGAAUGGAACCGUUCACGCAGAUUUUCCUCCGACUUCAGGGAGGCCAUUUCGACCUGGCCGACAGGAUGUUCCACAGCGUGCGCGAGGCCUGGCUCUCGGCCUCCAAGCACAACAUGGCCGACGUCAAGGAGCUCAUCCCUGAGUUCUUCUACCUGCCGGAGUUCCUGCUCAACUCCAACAACUUCGACCUGGGCGCCAAGCAGAACGGCAUCAAGCUGGGAGACGUGAUCCUGCCACCUUGGGCCAAGGGCGACCCCAGAGAGUUCAUCAGAGUCCACAGAGAGGCCUUAGAGUGCGACUACGUGUCGGCCCACCUCCACGAGUGGAUCGACCUGAUCUUUGGCUACAAGCAGCAGGGUCCGCCGGCCGUGGAGGCGGUCAACGUCUUCCACCACCUGUUCUACGAGGGUCAGGUGGACAUCUACAACAUCAACGACCCGCUCAAGGAGACGGCCACCAUCGGCUUCAUCAACAACUUCGGGCAAAUCCCCAAACAGCUGUUUAAGAAGCCCCACCCUCCCAAACGCGUACGCUGUAAAGCCAACGGGGACGUAGCGAGCGUUCCCCCGAGCUCCAACAGCGACAAGAUCUUCUUCCACCAUCUGGACAAUCUCAGACCUUCUCUGGCUCCCGUGAAAGAGCUGAAGGAGCCCGUGGGACAGAUCGUGUGCACCGACAAGGGCAUCCUGGCCGUGGAGCAAAACAAAGUCCUGGUUCCCCCGACCUGGAGCAAGACCUUCGCCUGGGGCUACGCCGACCUCAGCUGCCGUCUGGCCAACUACGAGUCCGACAAGGCGUCGGUUGUGUACGAGUGUCUGUCGGAGUGGGGUCAGAUCCUCUGUGCCAUAUGUCCCAACCCGAAGCUGGUCAUCACCGGCGGCACCAGCACCACCAUCUGUGUGUGGGAGACGGGUACGUCCAAGGAGAGGGCCAAGUCCCUCGUGCUCAAACAGGCCUUACUGGGCCACACGGACGCCGUGACGUGCCUCACCGCGUCGUCGGCGUACCACAUCGUUGUCAGCGGCUCGCGCGAUCGUACCUGCAUCAUCUGGGACCUCAACAAGCUCUCGUUCGUCACGCAGCUCCGGGGCCACCGGGCGCCCGUCUCCGCUCUGUGCAUCAACGAACUGACGGGGGACGUGGUGUCCUGCGCCGGGACCUACAUCCACGUGUGGAGCAUCAACGGCAGCCCCAUCGCCAGCGCCAACACCUUCACGGGACGCAGCCAGCAGAUCCUGUGCUGCUGCGUGUCGGAGAUGAACGAGUGGGACACGCAGAACGUCAUCGUCACGGGCCACUCCGACGGCGUCGUCAGGUUUUGGAGAAUGGAGUUUCUCCAAGUCCCAGAAACCCCUGCGCCACAGCCGGCGGAGCCAGAUGUGCCCGACUGCUUAGGCGACGAGAAGAUCGAAGGUGGCGAGAGUCACAACGGCGAAGACGACAGCAGCGAGUCGGACGGAGACGAGCCCAGUCUGAGCCAGGAGCCCAAAGCACCGCAAAACCCCUCGACGGGCGGAGGCAGCCAGCCGGGCAGCGCCGUCCACAGACCCAGAGGUCCGUCAGCCCGAGCGGGAGCAUCCUGGUCGAUGGACAGCGGCUCUGACGACUCCCACCGCUGGUCGGACACGCUCAGUAUCGACGAGAAGGACGGCUUCGUGUUCGUCAACUACUCCGAGGGCCAAACCAAAGGCCCUCACCCUCACGCUCACCCUCACGCUCACCCUCACCCUCACCCUCACCCUCAUCAUCUGGCUCCUCACCCGGCCCAGGGCUCGGCGCCUCAGCCUCUCCAGUCCGCCGCCGCCAUGGAGGCGCGGACAUACAACCAGCUCAGGGCCGGUACGUGGCAAAAAGGCUACAGAUGGGAGCGCCAGCUGGUCUUCCGGAGCAAACUCACCAUGCACACGGCGUUCGAUCGCAAGGACAACGCUCACCCGGCAGAGAUCUCCUACCUCGCCAUCUCCAAGGACCACAGUAAGAUCCUGGUGGGCGACGGGCGCGGCCGGGUCUUCAGCUGGUCGGUCAGCGACCAGCCGGGCCGCUCGGCGGCGGACCACUGGGUGAAGGACGAGGUGGUCGACAGCUGCUCCGGCUGCACGGUUCGCUUCUCGCUCACCGAGCGACGCCACCACUGCAGGAACUGCGGGCAGCUCUUCUGCCAGAAGUGCAGCCGCUUCCAGUCGGAGAUCAAGCGGCUGAAGAUCUCGUCGCCGGUGCGAGUUUGUCAGAACUGUUACUACAACCUGCAACACGAGCGGAGCGCCGAGGACGGCUGCAGAAACUGAGCUCCACAAAAGAAACCGCCUCCUCUCGAGGAGCGCUUCAUUUCCUCCAUCCGCCGCGCUGUUCCCUCAAUGACGCCACCACAUAAUUCAACAAACCCUCCGAACCCCCUCCUUCUCCUUUUGUCUGUACAGUAACCACACGUACUGUAACUCACUAAAAACAGGAGGGAAUGUCGGUGAAACUCCGCCGAGGAGAAAUGAGAUGAGGAGAUGGGGAUGAACGGGAUCGAAAAGGAAAAAAGAAAACUCUUGUCACCACUUUUACCACCUGCUCUCAUCCCACCCUCCCUCCCCACCCGGAGGAAAACAGGAACCUGGAGCGCGGCGAGCUCGAAUCAAUCGCCGCCGCCGCCGCCGUCGAGAUGAAGAAGAACAUGGGGAGAAGAACUCCUUCGUCCGUCACUGCAAGAUAUAACAAACUUGUUAAUACUGUACAUACUGACCAUGGCCUUUUUAACUCUAAGAGGAACAAACACAGAACAAAACAACAAAAAAAUUAUAACAAGGUCAAUGGGAAAAAAAAGGAAAACAACUUGCCUGUAACAUAGCGUCGUGACUAACCACUCCUGGCUUUAAAACGAGAAACUAAAAUCGAUUGUGUGUCGUCUGCGUCCCGGCGACGAGCGGAGCGGAGGAGGGAAUUAUGAAUGUCAAUAAUUAAUGUCCGUGGGUUUGACUUUGACUCGUGCGUCUUAGUUUAUGCAAAAUGACUUUAUAUUUCUUUUAUAGUUUCCUGAUUGUUUUUUGUUGUUGUCGCUGUUUACAUAAAUGUGAUUCAUUUUGUGCGCGUGUGCGUCACCCACAGUAUCAAAGCCAUCACCGUCACAGAGAUCGAUCAUCAGAUUGUCUUCUCCUUUUCUUUUUUCUUUUGCCAAAUUAUGUAAAUGAUGAUGAUGAUGAUGAUGAUUUUUUUCUUUUCUUAAACCUAUCAUCUAUUCUGUCCUUUCUAUGAAUUCCCAAUUCCAUUUUGUUGUUGCUGCUCUUUCGGAGACUGGAGACGUUAUCACUUCAGAUUAUAUAUAUAUUUUUAAAAACCAUAUCACUUCUUUUUCUUCGUCUGGAGAGGAAACAUCUUGGGUUCGUCAUCUGUGGGAAGAAAAAAUAUGAAUUAGGUUUGAAAAAAGAAAUAAUGUUUCGGCACAUUUAUUUUUUAGCCUUCAGUUAUUGUAACGGCUUUUUGAAUGCACACGGAAAAAAGGGACUCGUAUUUCGUAUGAAUUGCAGUUUUUUUAAUUUCUAGACUACGAGACUCGUCGUUUUUUGCUGGACUUCACUCGGAUCCUGUGGCAUUACGUUAUUAUUAUUAUUAUGAUUCCUAUUAUGAUUAUUAUUGUUACGACAGCAGACACUCCAGACACUUUAACCCUCGGUCUGUUCGGACGAGCAGCAGCCAAACACAUUUUCAAACAGGUGAAAGCAGAAAAAGUGUGUCGACGAUGGAAAUCACGAGAUUAUUUCAUGACCUCUGACCUCCAGCUGCUGUUUUGACCCUUUUAUCAGUUUUGGUACAAAUGUCCACGAAUGAUCUGAUUUGUACAUUUUAACUACUGAGUCCAGUGGGGAAGGAUACAAAUAUUGUUUUUUUGUGGUGACACUCGUUUCUUUCACACUAAUAUUUUUUUGUUUCUGCUCCUGUACAGACAUAAUCACGUUGGUUUGGAUGGACGGGAACCAAUCCAAUCCAUUGAUAACUCACUAAAACUACUUUCUCAUCAGGAGUAUUGGGGGCCACAAUGAGAGAGAAGAAAAAUGGAGACUUUGAGAGUAAAGUCGUAAUUUUACUAGAAUAAAGUCGUAGUCGAGCGGCUGCUGUCGACCUCGAUAGUCGAGAGAUUGUUUUUUUUUUUAAUGAAAAGACUGAACAUGUUGUUUUCUGUCAUUUGUCACCUCACUCACGUCGUGCGUGUGUGUGUUCAUGUUGUGUUGUGUUGUGGCUCUGUGGGCAACAUGUGCAUUCAAGUGCUGCUUUCUAAUUCUUUCUUUCUUUCCUUAUUUUGUUUUUAAAAACAGUUUGUUUCCCCUCUCGUCUUCACAGCCUGAAACUUAACAAAAGAAAGAAAAGUCCUUUUAAUAUUCCCCGCCACUGAUCCCCAACGUCGAACUGAUGAAGACGCACUCUCGUCAUCCUCCUUAUAUCAUUUCUGCAUAUUGACGUACUGUGAUUUUUAAAGCGUGCAAUCAUGCCAUCUAUCAAUCAGGAGUUCCUUUUGCACCUUCACGUGUACAAAACAAACAAAAAACUAAAACGUCAAGAAGAAUCACCGUUGUUUUUUUUAUCGCGAAAGCAGUUUUACGUUGGAUCAAUGAACCGUACGACGUAUUUAUGCAAUUAUUACUGGUUUUAGUUUUUUUUUAUGAUUAUUGCAAUUUCAGCAAGUUUAGUUACUUGUUGCAUGUUUUAUUAACACAGCUGACUUUCUGUGUCAGUGCAUUGUACAUGUUCCUCGGCAUUAUGUCAUUGUUCUUUUUGUUUCUGGAGGGCGUUGUCUGACCGAGUGACCGAGCGUCGGUUCGUGUACAGAGCUGCAGGUCGUGUCCCCAACUUCUGUUUGGACUUUUGUACUCGGUGGAAAAAGGAUUGAGCACGAGUUGAGGAGGAGAAGAAGAAGAACGAGGAGGAGGAGGAGGAGGAGGAGGAAGAAGAAGAAGUGUUGGAUUAAUCGGUGGUCUUGUAUUAGACUGCAUUACUACAGUAUCUGGUGUGCAAUCUGUGAUAGCUGAAUGUUCCCUGUAUAUUUGUGUUCACUACGUCCGACUCCCACCCAGAGAAUAAAAACCAGUAGAGUAACCCCGCCCCCUUUACAGACACAAGACGUUACGAUGAUGCAAUAGAUCUGGUACUUUUAAUUUCAAUAAAUAAUUGCUGUUUACCACCAA